GAGAGAAACUUCGUCUAUUUAAUUAUAAGGAUAGAAACCAGAUUUGAUUUUCAGUUAUAUUCCCUCUCUCUCUCUCUCUCUCCGACGACGACGCUUUUCGUCGGGAAUUAGGGAUUUCAGUUUUUUUAAUUCUCCAGAGAGACGGUUUAGAUUCUGCGAACGUCGUCGUUUUCGAUUCAAUCGAUAAUGAAGCAUAAGAGGGAGCAGAAGAGGAAGAAGAAGAGGUCCUCCUCCGGUGAUGGAGAAGCAACGUCAAAAGAGUUGGAGGAGGAAGAGAAGAUGCGUGUGGAUUCGUUGAUGGAGGCGUUUUGCUCUGUUUCGGUGGAGGAAGCUACGGCUGCUUAUAAGGAAGCAGCGGGAGAUUUGAACAGAGCUGCUGAGAUUUUGACGGAUCUGGUGGAGAAUAGCGAUGGAGACGUGUGUACGACGAGUUCGGGUCAGGAGACCGGGUCUACCUCUGAGUACGGGGCUGGGUCGAGUUCGAGCUGUGGCGAGGAUUUGGCGAGAGAGAGGAAGGGAAGGAAGGAGAGUAGAGUUGUUGCUGCUACUGGGAUGGUGUCUUCCGUGAUUGCCAAGGAUUACUUGAAGAAGAAAGAGUUUCCUUUUAUGGAAAGGUUUGAAGGGAAUGGGAAGAAAGCUGGGGAUAGAGAGAAAGCUGAGCAGUUUUUAACUUCGAUGCUUGGUGAUGAUUGUGAGCUUAGCAUGGCUGUUGUUAGAGAUGUUCUUUGUCAGUGUGGCUACGAUGUGGACAUGGCCUUGAAUGUGUUGCUUGACAUGUCUUCUUCUUCAUCAACUAAUGAUGAUUCAUUAAGUGGUAGAUGUUCCGGCAUAGGAUUCAGCGAUAGUCUGGGGGAGACAUCGUUUGAUGAUACUGAUACUUCCGAAAGUGAACCAUUCUGGGGAGACUAUGUUCAAAGGGAUUACGCGAAAGUUCUCAUGAGUUCUGCAGAUCCUUUUGCAACUAGCCAAAAGAGUUCUGAGUCUUGUCUCUCACAAAUGGUGUUGGAAUCUCUGUUCAAUAUUCCCCAGAGUACUAAACACGAACCAAAGACUAUGAGUUGGAGAGAUGUCGCAAAGAAAAUGCAAUCACUUGGCGUUGAUGCUUCUUCCUCUAAUGGGGAAGGGUCCCAGCCUGAUACUUUUGUGAAGGAUGACGGAUAUCAUGAACUUAGAAAAGGUGCAAAUGACCAGUGGAAUGUAACGAAGUCAUACUAUCAAAAAGCUGCAGAAGCAUAUUCGAAAGGAGGGAGAGCUCAUGCGGCUUACCUUUCUGACAAGGGAAGAGUGGCAUCUAAAUUAGCUCAACGAGCAGAUGAGAGGGCAAGCCAAGAUAUAUUUGUUGCGAGAAAUAAGGGUUUUGAGAAUGUGAUAACCAUAGAUCUGCAUGGUCAACAUGUUAAACAAGCAAUGAAGCUAUUGAAGAUGCAUCUCUUACUCGGAGCAUAUGUCCCUUCCGUUCAGACACUGCGUGUUAUCACAGGAUGUGGUUCUCAUGGGUUUGGGAAAUCAAAAGUGAAACAAUCGGUGACAAAGCUGCUAGAAAGAGAAGGAGUUGGGUAUUGUGAAGAGAACAGAGGGACAUUGCUUAUCAAGCUUGAAGGGUGUAGUAGAGAGUUCAGUUUCUUAGACACAGGGAGUGACUCUGAUUAAGUUAUAACUAAAACUUAGCUCAGGUUUUAGCUCUAGAUCUUAAAAUUAUCUCUGUUUAUAUCUCAUCCUAGCUCUGUGUAUUAAGUAAAUGCUGAGCAAAACUUCGCUUCCUUAAUCAUCCUCUUUUGUAUUUUCACGUUAUCUAAGAAGUUAUGAAACACUUUGGCUGUCACAACACAAGAC